AUGAAUGGAGGAGCGUUGGCGGUGGGAGCAGCUGCAGGUGCAACUGCCUCUUCUUCAUCAGCCUCCCUUCAAAAUAAGCAGUCGACGCAAGACUCUACUAGUAAUAAUGGUGUAGAAAGACCUUCAAUUCCGAUCGCUGCACCCAUUGCGUCGACAGCGGCGAUAGCUGCAGCUGCAUCUGGAGGAAACGCGGGCACACCACCUUCGGCAUGGCUCACAUCAUUUGACAAUUACAAUGCGCAAAACGCUGCACAUACGCCUUCAACUCUCUUCUCCGAGCCAGACUCGGCCUUCUCGACUCAACGUUUACAACAGCCACCUCUAUCACCAACCGGAGGAAAUGGACGACAAAAUUCGGGAGUACAACAGCAACCCCGUGUAGACGAUUAUGCAGUGUCACCGUUUGCAGACGCCUUUAAUAAUGGUGCGGGUCCGAGCGCCACUCCACGACCAUCUGGACCGACACGAUCCAACUCGCUCCUCAAACGCUUUUCUGCCGCCAUCACUUCGCCCUUUACUCGAUCCUCCAACCCUCGCAAUAGCACUGGUGCCUCUGGGUACCACUAUCACCGCAACAGUCUUCUCCUCCAGCAACAAAACAACCCGUCCUCGCCUGUCGCUGAUGGGACUGGAGAUGCGAACGGAAAUGGUGCCAAUGGAUAUUACCGGGGCAUGAACCACUUUAACCUUGGUAUACCCCUCAACUAUCGUCCAGUCGCUACCGCUGCCUCACCUACGUCUACGGAUCCUGCCUUUGGGUUUGCGCGACAACAACAGCAGACGCUCAAGACAGAGUAUGGCGGUGAAGUCUUAUCUCCGACGGCUACCGCCAACCAACGUGGUUCCCGAGCCGGAAUGGACGAUUUCGCCUUUUCGUCCUACACUCAAGAAACCAGAGAGAGGUUGAUGGGCUCGCGCGCGUCGCCGCUAUCGCCUCCUCCUACUAAUCGUGGCUCUGGAGAUGAUCGGAUUGCUGAAGAGGGCAGCACGGACCCGCGGAGUGACGCGGACGAUGAAAAGGAGGAAAAGAUUGUCGAGUAUGAUGGGUCGACCGUGUAUGGCAGCAUCAACGAUCGAGAAGUUGGGUAUACGGGCGGAAAGCGGUGGAGUGCUGACCAUGGGACGGUCGUCAGUCGCAAUGGAUCUCAGCGUGCACCGAGCGAGAGUGUGCACCAACCGGAAAGCUCGCAGCUCUCCAGACGCCAGUCAACACGGUCAGGUCGUAGUGAUGGAAAUGUUAGACAGAGAUCAAACGUCACCGUGCUGGCUGUUUCCCUCUUCUCCCUGCAUACGCAUUGUGUUCAAUCCAAGGCCCUCCCCCCUGUUCCCGGAACCGGACUUUCCCAACCUCUCACGAUUCUUAUAUUUAUGAUGAGAGUGUUCAUGGUUUCACGUCGACUGUCCCUCUCCUUUCCCACCUGGAAGCUCUGUGAGCUGUCUCUGCCUUUUGGCUGGUCGGUUGCCAUCGUCUCCUCGACGUACUCGCUUUCUACCAUCGUAUUG